AGUGUCGUAAAUGGUGGAUGGCGUGGAUGGUAAAAGGAUUUAGCUGCUCGUGAGAAAAGUGCUUUGAAAAACUCUAUAAACUCAACUAAAUUGUGCUUGAAACUUCGUCAAAUAUCAUCCUUCAGGAGCUGGAUUAAACAUUAUUUGUGAAAAGAUCGAAGGAGUCCGCAAAUUCUAACAAAAUUGAGGUGAUUGAAGCAGCCUUUGCCUUGAAGCAAAAAAAUGGCGUAGAGGAGGAAAAUUUCCAGAAAAACUGCUGCGGGAUGCCUGUAUUCAUCGAUCAAGAGCCUCUACCGGACUACCAGAAUAACAUCGCGUGAUUACCGUGAUCUUUCGUGACAAAGUGCAAAAUGAACGUGAUUCAAGUAAACACAAGGAAAUUCGUUACGAAUUUCGCGAGACUUCAAUCGGCAUCAUCCCCAGCACCAAAAGGAAUUGAUAUCCCUGUGAGGAUCAAGAGAAAACCUGAUGAUGUGCUGAAAACCCUCGCUGGACUCCAGACUACUGACAUAACCUCCGUCCACUAUCAAUAUCACGAUGAUAGAUACCUCAUUCCGUAUUCAAAUCAGCGCCGAAAGGCGUAUGCCUUGUCUGAGGAGUCUGGCAGGAGUGCUGCCAAGUGGCUUCAUAAGAAGUAUGCUGAUCUUUUCAAAUAUUCAAAGGGCGAGCCAAUGAUUGAGGCCUAUGUUGCCGGGAGGUCUCCAGAAGCCUUUGAGAAUGUCCAGACAAUUGAGGAUUUGUGCAAUUUGAUAAAAUCCCAGAUAGAUCUUGAGGAGAUUACCCAAUCACUGGCUCAAAUCAAAGACUCGCGAGAUGCUGACUUCAAGCAAGGAUACUUUGAGCUCGUGUGCUUCCUCAGUGGACAAACAAAUCCAUCAGAUAGAUUCACUUCGCAAAAUGUUAGGCAGAAGGUAGUGAAUGCAACACGGAAUGAGGAAGUUGAGAGGCUCUUUAAGGAAUUUCCGGAUAAUGAUCCUAGGGCUUGCAAUACGAUGAUAAGGACACUUUGCAGGAAUUAUCAAGUUUCUGACGCAUGGACUUUGUAUCAGAAGGCUAUUGCUGAUGGAGUUCCCAUCUAUCUGGACACCUUCAACAGUAUCCUUCAGGUAGUUCUACUUCUGAAUCCUGAUACAUCAGAAGCUAAGUGGAAAUUAGUUGAGGAUACUCUAAGACUCAUGGGAAGUCACAAUGUCAAGCCCAAUAUAACGACUUUGAACAUUGUUCUGGAGCUUGUUAGCUCAAUUUUUGGAUGGAAAGAUGCCAGGCAGAUGUCAAUGUCUAUCCUGGUGGAAUUCAAAAAUCAAGGAAUUCGUCCAUCUCUCGCUUCCUGGUACCAUAUCCUGAAUAUUUUCUAUCGGGAAAGGAGUCCAAUGAGUGGUAUUCUUAUUGAUAUCCUCGAUGAGAUUGAAAAAGAGCAACUGGAAGUUUCUGAUCACAAGGAUUCCCAUUUCUUCGUGACAGCUAUGAAUGUCUGUUCCAAUCAGUUCCAUAGUGUUCAACUGGCCAAUCGCAUUAAUGAUCUGCUAAAGAGAUCCGAGAAUAGGAUCUUUAUUGGUGAUUCUAUUAAGGAAUCAGUUUACUAUCGCUGCUACUUCCAGUUGCUCUGUUUGAUGGAGCCUCUGGAUACAUUCAUGGAAAUCUAUCAUACUUACGUUCCAGGGAUUUACAUCCCAGAACCAUCUGUGAUGGAGUCGAUCUUGAAGACUGUUGAACUCAACAGUGCCAUCCAGUAUGUACCACUUCUCUGGGCGCACCUUAAACUCUUUGAGCAGACAACCCGGGACAACCUAAUCAACCACCUAUUUCGCAUAAUCCUCGAUUCCGGAGACAAAGACCUGGAUAAACUCUCAAUAGAUAUUUGGGAUGUGGUUGAGGAAAACACAGAAAACAGAAGGAAUAUCUUCAAGUGGAAAGCACGUCAUCUCAGUCACAUCUUGAGCAUUGUCUGCGAGGCAAAAGAUGUGGAAAGAGCCACGAAAAUCUUCAAAAAACUCGAUGAGAAUCGGUAUCACAUUGAAGGACUUCCCACCGAAGAAUCCCUCCGUCAACUCUAUAGACUCCUCGUGGACAACAAGCUGGAAGUACUGGCGGGAAAAGUACAUCACUAUGCUGAUGAGAAUGGGCUGAAUGUGACAAACACCAAGGAAUUGAGAGUGUAGAAAUAUUUCUUCACAUUUUUUUUCUCUUUUCUCGUUAAAUUAAAUAUAUACCGCCAAAGAAAAAGAAAA